UCACAAGCUAGGGUUACGUGGAGGUAGGGGACAUAGUAGGCUGCAUGUUCAGCUUUCUUAACACAGCAUAUGGCUAUAUCUUUCAUUAUCUCUUCAGAUUCGACGGGACUUUUCUGUAGCAAGUUAAAUGUUAAAAUUUUAGAUGCUGCUGAUUUAUUAUGCUGACUUGAAAAGAAACAUGUCACUUGUUAGCAUUUGUUAUUUUGUUUAAUGACAUGUAGCGUCAUGUUCACCUAAAAGCACAGUAUCUUUGACUUUGGAUAGAAAGCUGUUUAUUAAAAACGUUACUUUUUAAAUGUAUGAUAGAGGCGGAGAUCGACGCUUUAGUUUGCCUUUAUCAGAAUGUCUUACUUGGAGUGGGCUGAGUCUCAGCUUGCAGAGAUAGAGCUGCUGACCAGCAUGUUUCCCACCCGGGAGGAGCUGGAGUUCACAGACCAGCUGGCACUAGCUGAGCUGAGAGAGUAUGUGGAGGGCUCAGCUUCAGCAGACACCCCUCCUCCCUCCAGACCUCAGUUUCUCAUCAAACAGAAGCUCGACACUGCAAGCAUGGGGAUGAUGGAUGUCAUUGUGUCCAGUGCUUAUCCAUCUGAAUACCCCAGUGUGUUACCAGAGAUAACAGUCCGCUGUACUGGCCUCAACAGGGCCCAGCAGACACAGCUCCAUGCAGAUCUCAAUGCAUACCUUAUGGAAAACUGCCAGGGGGAAGUAUGUGUGCUCUCUGCUGUGGACUGGGUGAAAGACAACCUGCAGCUCUUCAUUAAUAAGAGCUUAUCAGCAGCACCGGCUCCUAAGAAAGAGUCUUCUUCUCACUGGCCAGAGGAUGUGUUCAGCCGACUGUGGAUCUACAGUCACCACAUCUACAACAAGACAAAGAGGAAGAACAUCUUGGAGUGGUCCAAGGAGUUGGGCCUGUCAGGAUUUAGCAUGCCUGGGAAGCCUGGUAUUGUGUGUGUGGAAGGGCCUCAAUCUGCCUGUGAAGAGUUCUGGUCCAGAGUGAAGGUUCUGACAUGGAAGAAGAUCAUGAUUCGACAUAGAGAGGAUAUUCCCCUUGAUCGUCCGGGUGAGGACAGCGGGACUGUUGAAAGUAUAGACUCCCUGCGCAAAUUCACAGGCUUUGAAGAAGCAAUGUUUGACCCCCAUGGGAACAGAGGUAAUCACAUGGACCUUGGGCAGCUCUACCAGUUCUUAAAUGAGAAAGGCUGUUGUGACGUCUUUCAGAUAUAUUUUGGCAUUGAAGGGAGGUAGUGGUCUGACCUAGAGAAUAAACAUACAUUGGUUUUCAACUGGUGCCUUGUCACUGAGGUACCCUCUCCUGAAAAUCAGUCUUGUGUAUUCAUUACUGUUUUAGUUUUUUGUUUGUUUGUUACACAUGCAAACACGCAAAUGGAUUGUAAGCACAUGGCCACAUGUGCCCGAUAAACUAAAAUAAAUGAACCACCUUUUUAUGGAAGCUGCUCAUCUGUUUCGCCGGGGACCUCUUUGGAAUAAAAGACAGAAAGAACAUUUCUGCAAUUUCGGACACACAGCUCUUGCUCCUUUUUUAGCUAAUAGGCAUAUUUUUCAAAAAGAAGCAUUAAAAAGAUGCUUAUCUGAGAGUUUUCUCAAGGACCUUAGUUAUAUUUGCAAUUUUAAUACUCUUGAAUGUGCUGCAGAUCACACCUUGCCCAAGGUGUUUCUUUCCUCAGAUGGCACAACUGUGUAUUACAAGUAGGCUAUUAUAGGAUUUUCAGGUCUGAUACCACAUUAAUAAUUGGACAACAUAGUCAACAAUAUGCUGGAUAUCUGUUUAUGAAAUCUGUUGAUUUUCUUCUUAUGAAUUAUAGAUAACAUAACCGUGGAAAGUCUUUCUCCAAUUUUCUUGGUAUGAUUAGUUGUUAGAUAAAUUGUGCCGAAUUGUGGAUUACGCUCUUACACUCUAGCAAUUAAAACAUGUGUUUAUUGAACAUGAAUCUUAUUUUUAGCCCCCUAAGACUGAGAUGGAAAUAAAAAAAAACAUU